AUUCCUUUAUUUUCCUUAUAUGGCAGUUAUUAUAGUAGCUUGAUAUACAUCGCAGUAUGGCCUAUGCGGAGGUCCAGUCCCUUUUCUGUUCUGUGUACAACUCACUGCAGCUGGAAGAUAAAGUACUUUUUGCCAGCAACCAGAGAUAAUUCCGGAAGGCUAAACAUUAGUUUAAGUUGUGGUUAUAGUUGCUGUCACAAGGGAACUUAUGAGACAAUUUUGUAAAUGAAAGGCAAGGUGCAAUUAAGCAAUGUCCAUACAGAUCUUGUUCAUAUGACUGACCAGCCACAGUGGCAGAUAGGUCUUUUCGAACAAAAACUUGUUGAAUGGGUUUUUUACUACUAUCAUUAUGUGGAACUCUAUGUUAAUGGCGUGUACCUAAACCAUCUCAUGAUUACAAGAUAGACAGGAUCCAAUGGUAAUGUCGGUAUCAGGUGUUUCAUGGAAGAAGAAAGCCAGUUUUAGAAUGAGAAAGGAGAAAAAUCUGCUAAGAAACCCAAAUUAUCAUAUUUAUUUUGUGGAAUUGGGGCAAGCUAGAUUUUGAUUGGCAUGACCCAUUGGUCCCAAAUAAAUUCCAACCUUUUUUACUGUAUAUGUCCAAAAACCUAGUUGCAUGUAUAUGCCAUGGAAUAUGUCGAGUUUGAGUGUUCAGCACAUCCUAAUUCUCCAAGCUUAGCCUAUUUCAUUACUAAAUUAAGGCCCUACCAAAUUAUUUUUUCAGGCAGUAAAGGUAAGAGCUAACCUUUGGUUUUACGAGAGAAAAAAGUUAAAAAUUUGGAGUAAAAAUGGAAAAGAUUGAGAUUUUGCCUUUUAUAUUAAGGGGAAACAUCUUUUGAACUAAAAUGAUAGGUUGGCCAUAUCAUCCAUCUGCUGUUUCACAAUUCUCUGAGCUUGACCUAUUUAAUUGCAAAUUAAGGACCUACCAAAUAUACCUUUCAGGAGCAGGUAAAGAUUAGAGCUAAUUUUUGUAUUUACAAGGAAGAAAAGUUAAUUUCCAGUAAAAAAUGAAAAACUUGGAAUUUUGCUUUUACGUUAAAGGAAAACAUUUUUCAAACUUAAACGGUCUGUUGGCCAUAUCAUCUUUUUGAUUGGAGUUUAUUCCUUGCAUAUGUGUACUGUGGAAAUAGUCAUCACUCUUUUCUAUCAGUAGCAACUGUUUUGAUUUUGUUAAUCAAGUCAAACAACAUCAUUCAUGCUGCUUGGUUGCUUGUACAAUACUUUAGUUCACAUCUUUCUGGCUAUACUUAUUUCCAUGGUAAAUAUGCGAGAUGGUUCAUGGGAGAUGUUUUUGCUGGAAUAACAAAAAUUAGUUGACCACACCAUGCUGCUUUUUUUGUUAUUUAUGCUUGGAGGUUUGAGGAAGGAUCCUCUCAAUAACCAACACCAAAGGAAAAAAUGGGGAAAAUUGUACUCCAGUAAUUACCUCGAGACAAGAAGGAGCAGCUUUGAGCUGACCCCACCUCGGCAGGGCCAUCACAAUCCUUUUGAGUCCUUCCACACCCUAAGGAUGCAGACUCCUCAGCAGAGAGUUUCCCCUGCUAUGAGUUCAUUACAAGGAUAUUAUGGACUCAAAUCAGAUGAGAAAGCCAGAUCUGAAGGUUGUGAGAUGGCAGUUUACAGAAAAGGAGGUUCUCAUUAUUUAGAGGAUGGUCCAUUUACCAAAUCUUUGCCAACUUCUAACCCACCCUUAAGCCGUCAUAGGAAGACCAGGAGUCUAGUUAACACUCUUCUUGAUGAAAAUGGUGAACUUGCCAAGGAUGCAGCAUUUGCAGAGGACAGAGAAGGUGAGUCUGAGAGAUGGAAUGAUAAAUUGAUCAGAAGGCGUCAGAAGUCAGAAGCGGAUUUUUUGUCCAAAUCGAACAUGCCUGAAAUGUUGUUGGAGGAUAAUAGUGGUGGUGGGUUUUCAGCCACAUCAAGUAAGGGCUUAGCUCUGAGAUCCAAAGCUGCAAGCCGAACUUCUGUGGCCAGUGAUGCAGAAGCAGGCAGUUUGAAUCCUAUACCUCUAGGGUUAGGGGAUUCGGUCGUGGUCGAUGGGUUUGCUGUUGUGAGGAAGUCAUCAAGCACAUCAAAUUUGCAUGAUCAGGAAAGCAAUAGUAGCUUGUCGUCCAUCUGGCCCACAUCUAAGUGGAGUUUGAAGCCAGACUUUCAGGCACUUUCUACUGUGGCCAGAGCAAGACCCAUAUUUGAUGGUUUGCCAAAACCUGGCCGAAGAAACAAAACUGCACUCGAUUAAUGGCUAAUAGAGGUAAAUAACUCACUUUCCUGGUUCAGAUCCAAUUUUUGCCACAGCUUUACGCACAUAAUGGUACAUAGAAGGAGAGAGAUAAGGAUAAGAAGUUAUACGAUACAUGUCAAUCCUGCUUUGUGUUCAGAAGAUAGUUGACAUAUGUAUAUUGCACCAAAAUGUAGUUAGUUCAUCAGGAGCAUUAACUCUGGAUUUAUUUAGGUCUACUUUUGUUUCUAUGUUGAAGUUGAAUUGGACACCAUAAUCUUAUUGAACAUCUACUGUUGUACAAUGUUAUGUUCAAAGUCAAGGGGGAUGUUAGAGGUAGAUUAUGCCAUGUUGAUUGAUGAAAAACCCGAGAUCAGUGCUUUUUAA